AUGACUUCCACCGUUCCAUUUCACACGGCGAGCCUCCUGAAGUUUUUCCUCAUUUCUAACCGAGUCAUUCAAUGGACGAGUUCGGCCGUGGUUCUUGGAAUCACCUCAUACUUCAUCAACAAAGGCCCCCGCGGACUUACUAUAACAUAUGUUGAGGUCGUUGCGGCAACCUCUGUCGCAGCUUUUCUUCCCGCUUUUGUUUCACCAUUUCUGCACACCCCGGCAAAAGACAUUGUACUUUUUAUUGAUGUGAUAUUUUCUUAUCUAUGGCUUGCGGCAUUCAUCUUCUCUGCUGUUGAUUACAAUCGGAACGACUGCCACGCCAAUGCCCCCCCAGGCUUUGCAUGCUCGAAGAAAUGGGCCAACGAAGCCUUCAUUUUUCUCACCUUCAUUUUCACCUUUUUUGCUUUGUUUAUUGAGACAUGGUCACUCUGGCUGUCGGAUCGGAAUAAGCCUUCCUCGUUCCCAUCGCAUGAGAAGAAUGGUCAGCCUGAUAUAGAGCAUAACUCAGCUGUGCCGACAACACAAAGCAAUGCAGAAGAGCCUACGGCCGCUGUUGCAUAG